GAGAUCUGGCUCGAGGUCCGCCUCUCGCUACAAGGGUUUCCGCUUUCUUCCCGCCUACUUCCGGUCCCUGUGGCGUUUUGGUUGUUUGGGCGCGAAUUCCUCUUAGUGCGGUUUUCAGACACAUUCAAGAAGAAUCUGUCGAGUUUUUUUAAAGCAUCAUAAUUGGACUGUUUAGAUCAAGAUGUCUGGUAAAGGAAAUGCUUCCAAGAAAAAGUCUGAACAAUUAAAAAAAAAUUCAAGAAGAAAACUUGAUGAUGAAGAAGUGGAGUUGUCAGAGAAAGAGGUUAGAAGCAUGAUAAAAAGAAGUAAAAAUCAUCCAAAGCACAUGUCUUCUGCGGGACAAACAGAUCAUAUUAAUCUAAAGCAGAUAAAGAUAGCAUCCAACAAGAGAAAAACCUGGCAACCUCUUUCAAAGAAUGUGAGGGAGCAUUUGCAAACUAUGAUGGAAGUAGUAAUAAUAGCAAUUUUGAGUAAUAAAAUUAAAGAAAAAGAGCAAAUUCAGUAUCAUCUCAACUGCCUGAAGAAAAGGUUGCUACAACUGUGUGAAACCCUGAAAGCCCCUCCCCAAAAGCUGAAAUAUUUAACUAAUGUGACAAGUCGACUGAAAAUGGAAAGAGCUCAAGACAGAGAUAAUGAAGAAGGUCUGGCAUUAUUGCAGGAAGAAAUAGAUAAAAUAGUACAGGCCACAGAGUCAGUGACUGGGAAUAUUCAGAGUCUAAAAAACAAAAUUGAAAUUCUGACACAUGAGAUAGAGGAAGAGGAGGAAAAGGCAAAAGAGAUGCUUCAGCUGGAUAGACAUAACAUACUUUCUCUCCCAGAGCUUUCUCGGCACAGUCUGAAAGCACCCACACUGCAGAAAGAAGUUUUGAUGCUAAUUCCAAACCAGGAUGUUCUUCUAAAAGACUUGGAUGUUCUUCAUAAUUCAUCCCAGAUGAAGAACCUGUCAGUGUUCAUCGAAGAAUCCUAUAAGAAACUAAAUGCCUCUUAGAGAAUUUUUUAAUAUUGUUUCCUAUUAAUUUAAUGUUUAUAAAUUUGUGAAACUGUUAACCUAUGAUGUUACAGAGCCUGAAGCUUCUGCAGGAUUUAUUAUCCUCUAAUACGCACUUUAAAAUUGGCCUGUAUAGGCCUAUCAUUAGCAUCUAAUGUGGUCCUGAAAGUUUUAGCAGUUACAAAAUCUAGAAAAUCAAUAUUUAUAUUGCUGUACUGCAGUUAUUUGCCUAAAACAUAAGACAGGAAUAGCUAUGCUCCGAUAGUUCGUGACAGCUAUUGAGAGCUCACCUGUGUUGGCACAGCGGAGUCGUGACACUGUGACAUUGUGUGUGUGAUGUGCCCAUGUGCAGUGUUUACAGCAUAAACACGAGAGUGUUUGCUGCCCCUCAUUCUGUAGCUGAGAGCUUGCAUUUUCUGUCUGCUUUCACAGAGCUUGAGAAAUCCCCAAGUGCCCCUACCCUUACCUAACUCCCUAAUCUUGUUCGAUAGUUAAAGUUUUCCAGGUUCCUUCAACUUUGAAGUUGGCAUUAAGUUUUUAUUUCGUUUGUUUUAAAUAUUUAUUUUCUACUGUCAUCAAAGCAUACUUUUAAGAAAAUUACUGAAAAGGAAUCUAAGCACAUUUAUUCCCUUAAAACCAACCAAAAAAAAAAAACUGUUUUGAGAAGACCCUGUGCAUGAGAACCAGCCACCAAAGGUAGAAGGUACUGAGAGACCAAAGAAAGCAGACAGCCGGGCAUGCUGGUGUAUGCCUGUAAUCCUAGCACUUGGGAGGCUGAGGCAGGAGGAUCUCUGCAAGUUCAAGGACAGCCUGGGCUACCUAGUGAGUUCAAGCCCAGCCUGAACUACAAAACGAGACCCUGUCUCAAAACAAAACCAAAAAAGCCAACAAAUUUGGGAUUACCAAAAUGUGUCUCUUAGGCAGCAGCAAGAUAGGCAGAUUCUUGUACCCCAGAGUUCAGCAGCAGAAAGAAGGGGAUUAUAUGCUAAGCCAACAAAGUGGCCCAUAGCCAAUUAGAAUGUAUGAUGAUAAGCUUUUAUAUAUACACACAUUAUUACUUAAAUAUAUCAAAACUCAUUUGUAAUUUAAAAAAUCAUUUAUAAGAUAUUUGUAAAAUAAAAUAGUUGCAAUUUA